AUGAUACCUUCGGUCGACAAUUGCGAAGAGUGCACGCCGCCUAAUGACCAUUUCGGACCCAAGGCCGCGUUCUCGACAGUGCCAUUCAUCUCUACGUUCGCUCUCGUCACCUUGGUCGCCUAUCGCAAGGUGCACCCGCUCCUUGCUGGUCCAGGUGCAAGCACCAACGUUUCCUCCAAGUCACGUCUGCCGACACCCGCAGUCUACCAUGAACCGCCGACUCAAGUCAUCAUCCGGCGUAUCGCCGCUCUUACCUUCUCGUUCACUAUUGCUCUUUCCGCCGUCCUUACAGAACUCCUCCUCUGCGAAAUCUCAAACUCUUUCAACCCCACGGCACGCAGCCUCGCCCUCCAAGUGACAGUCGUGUCGUUGUUGGGACUGCUGGUCAUCGCCAUACCUAUCCUCGGAAUCCAUACAGUUGUUACAAGCUCUGGUGAACGAACCAAGAAUGCUAGCACCCGAAAGAGGCGGAUUGCGUGGUUUAUCGAGGCUUUAGGGUAUGCCCUCUUCCUAGGCCUAUUCUGGGCUUUGGGAGCACUUCUGCCUGCGGCUACUCCGACUACUAUAGUUGCAAAGCAAAGGCUGAAUCUGUUUCAGGCAUGUCUUGAUCGGCUUGGUAUCACAGGUGUCACACUUAUGGCUUUGCUCAGUGGGUUUGCGUCUGUGAGUGCCAUCUGGCAGACCUUUGGGCCGAAGGUCAAACUGGUCAUGGAAAGCGACAUCAGCAGAAAGCAGGCCGGCUACGACGCGACGGUGGAGAUGAUCGCGGAGAAGAAGCAGCGGCUGAACGCCAUCCAACGGAGAAUGACCGAAACACCGACAAGCAAUACCGGGUUCUGGAGUAGGGCCGGGUCUCUGCUCCCGCUGUCCAAGAGUGGCGACACGCAGGAGAAGCAAACGCUAGAAGUGGAGAUAUCAGGUCUUGAAACCAUGGCAUCGUCGCUCGAAGCUAGUCUUUCGGUGCUCCGCGGUCGCCAUGCCGAUCAAGCCAAAGAAAAAACCACACUCGGCCGCCUGCAACUCGGCUUUGGCUUCGCCUUUUCGUGUUACUGCGUCUACCGGAUCAUCGCCACGUCAACCAACAUUUUCCGUCGCACAGUACUGGCGCAACAUGUCAAAAGCGAGACAGACCCUAUCACCUACGGAAUUGCACUGUUUGCGCGUCAUAUCUAUCCGAGCCUUGAUCAGGCGAGUUGGGCGCACCAGAUCUCGUUUCUUCUGUCGGGGGCGAUGCUCCUGGCGAGUUUCAACGCUGUGACGCAGACUUUCUAUUUGUUCACAAGACUCGUGCCCGGCGUGCUACAUGCGACCAGGACGAAUUUCGCACUAUUGAUCAGCCAGGUGAGCGGCAUGUACGUUAUCAGUUCAGCAUUGAUGUUGCGCGGUAUGAUGCCCGAGAAGGUCGGGAGUGUGAUCAACAGUGCUCUCGGAGCAGGACUGCUUGAUCCCCAUUGGGUGCAGAGGUGGUUUGAAGGGUGGUAUUUGAUGGCAGUCGUUGUCACAGUGAUAGGCAUAGGCUUGACAAGAAGUUGGCAAUGGGACGAUAAUACGAGCUCUGAUAGAGAUGUCGAGAUGAAAGGGGCCUAG